CGCUUUUUCAAUUAAACAUGGCAGCUUCCCUAGUGGAGCUGAGUUGUUGAACUUGUUAAAUAUCUUACAUCUAAUACAUUAUUAAGUCGGUCACGCCAUUCACGUUUAACUACGGAUGGUACGACGAAGUAAAGAGUCUGUGUAGCGGUUGCAGUGUUUAAUACGAGUUUGAAGACCAUGAUAUCCACAUAGUGAGGAAAGCACAGCAGCAUCAUGGAGUUUUCUUCAGUGGAGGGGGAAACUCAAAUUAGCCAAGCAACUCCCCAUGUCGUCGAUAUGACCACCAGUGAAAGGGUGGUGGAUCUUCUGAAUCAGGCUGCUCUGAUACCCACGGAUGAAAAGCUAACAGUACUUAAACAGGUCCAGGAGCUCAUCAUUAACAAGGAUCCUUCUCUUCUUGACAAUUUCUUGGAUGAGAUGAUCGCCUUUCAGACUGACAAGUCUAUCGAAGUGAGGAAAUUUGUCAUUGGCUUUAUAGAGGAAGCAUGUAAAAGGGACAAUGAGCUCCUCCUUAGAUUGAUCGCCAAUCUGAACAUGUUGCUGAGGGACGAAAGUGUGAAUGUGGUGAAGAAGGCCAUCCUGACACUCACCCAACUGUACAAAGUUUCUCUGCAGUGGUUGGUGCGCUCUAAAGCAGUGUCAGAGAGGCAGGAGGCAUGCUGGGAUCUGGUCACACAGAUGAAAGGGGAUGUUCUGGCCUUGCUGGACUCUGAAAAUGAUGGCGUUCGCACUCACGCCAUAAAGUUCACGGAAUCAUUAAUCAUCACUCUGUCACCACGGACAUCAGACUCUGAUGUUCCCAAGCGACAGGAGGGUGACAUCAGCCUGGACAAAGUUCCCAGAGAUCACACAUACAUUCGCUAUGAUGUUUUGUGUGAGGAGGGAAAGACUGCACUGGAGAAGCUGCUGAAGUUCAUGGUCCAUCCAGCCAUUUCCAGCAUUAAUCUCACCACAACACUUGGCUCCCUAGCCACUAUUGCCCGUCAGAGGCCAAUGUUCAUGUCAGAGGUGGUGCAGGCAUAUGAGACACUGCAUGCAAACCUACCGCCCACUCUGGCCAAGUCUCAGGUCAGCAGCGUGCGAAAGAAUCUGAAGCUGCACUUGGUAGCGGUCCUUAAGCAUCCCUGCAGCCUGGAGUUCCAGGGUCAAAUUAGUACUCUGCUGCUGGACUUGGGAAUGCCCCAGAGUGAAAUAACCCGCUCUACACCUGCACCACGUGAGCAGCGUAAAAGGCCUCGCCAUGAAGAAUACACAGAGGGAAAAAAGGCCAAGAUAGAGCCAACCCUGAUAGAAGAUGAUGAGGAUAAAGAGGAGCCAGCCCCUCUCUCUGUCCCUAAACCAGCUGCUGUUCCAGUUGCACAGUCUGCCAUUGACCUCACAGCUGAGUUCCUGCAUCCGCUGCUCACCCCCGAGAAUGUAGCCAAUCUGGUGCUCAUCAGCAUGGUGUAUCUGCCUGAUGUGAUGCCGGCAUCCUUCCAGGCCACAUAUACACCCGUUGAGUCAGCAGGCACUGAUGCCCAAAUUAAACAUUUGGCCAGGCUGAUGGCCACCCAGAUGACUGCAGCUGGCAUUGGUCCAGGACUUGAGCAGUGCAAAGCCAGAGAAGAUGAAGCAGGCAAAGACGAAGGCAAUGAGGAGGACGCUGUUACUAAAGACCUGCUCAUCAAGCGCAAAGUUCCAGCUAUGAUGGUGGGACAAGCAAUUUCUGUGGUGGGAGGUUAUGCAGAAAAGGUUCCAAGCCCAGAGGCUCCCACCACAGUCAGGAGGCUUCCUGAACCCAUCCUUCCUACAACACAAACCAAAAUAGCAGGGGCAGGUGGGAGAAAAAAAGUGUUCCGAUUGUCAGAUGUCGUCCAGCCUUUAUCAGACGCCCAGAUUGAGAAGUUAACCUCCAGUGCAGUCAAACGUAUCCUGCAUUCAGAGAAGGAGAUUGCUCAAAGUGGCAUGUCCCAUGUCAGAGUGAAGCUCCUUUCCAAGCUUGUGACGCAGUUUGAAGGGAUGAUGAAAGAGGACGUGCUGGAAUUCAUUUUGGGUGACAUCAGGACAAGAAGCGAGCUGGCCUUUUCUCUCCUCUACCAAGAGUACAACAAUUACCUCAGCCAGCUGCCCACUGGACUGCUGGACAGCUACGACCACUGCCUCUACACUCUGCUGUCGGGACUACAGGAGAAACCAGAGCAGAGGGAUGGACUGUUCACUAAGCUGGUCCUGGAGGCUCCCAUUAUAACAGAAUCAGCGUUGGAAGUAAUCCGACGUUACUGUGAGGACGAGUCUCGGGUGUAUUUGGGCAUGACGACUCUGAAGGAGCUCAUUGUCAAACGGCCCUCGAGGCAGUUUCAGUAUCUGCAUGUACUUCUGGAUCUCAGCUCCCAUGAAAAAGAAAAGGUGCGGACCACUGCUUUGGCUUUUCUCAAGCGUAUGUAUGAGAAAGACCAGCUCAGGGACUACAUUGAGAAGUUUGCCCUGAACUACAUGCAGCUUCUUGUCCACCCCAACCCUCCAUCUGUGCUCUUCGGGGCCGACAAAGACACAGAGGUGGCUGCCCCCUGGACUGAAGAGACAGUGAGACACUGUCUGUUUCUCUACCUGUCCCUGCUGCCUCUAAACCACCGGCUGGUCCAUGAGCUGGCUUCAGUCUAUACCGAGGCCAUCGCUGACAUCAAGCGCAGUGUGCUUCGGGCAAUAGAGCAGCCUAUCCGUGGAAUGGGAAUGAACUCUCCUGAGCUGCUGCUCUUGGUUGAAAACUGUCCUAAAGGAGCAGAGACUUUAGUUACGCGCUGUCUGCACAUUUUGACAGAUAAAGUGCCUCCAUCUCCAGAGCUGGUGGAGAGAGUGCGAGACCUUUACCACAAGCGAGUGCCAGAUGUUCGUUUCCUAAUUCCAGUCAUAAAUGGCCUAGAAAAGAAUGAAGUCAUCCAGGCUCUUCCCAAAUUGAUAAAACUUAACCCAGUUGUAGUUAAGGAGGUGUUCAACCGUCUCUUGGGCACUCAGCACAGUGAGGGAAGUUCAUCUGUGUCCCCUCUCACCCCAGGAGACCUGCUGAUUGCUUUACACAACAUAGACUCAACCAAAUGUGAUAUGAAGUCUAUCAUAAAAGCUACCAACCUGUGCUUUGGAGAGAAGAAUGUGUACACAUCAGAGGUUUUGGCAGUGGUGAUGCAGCAGCUGAUGGAGCAGAGUCCCCUCCCCAUGCUGCUCAUGCGGACCGUCAUUCAGUCCCUCACCAUGUAUCCCAGACUGGGAGGCUUCGUCAUGAAUAUCCUGUCCCGCCUCAUUGUCAAGCAGGUGUGGAAAUACCCCAAGGUGUGGGAGGGAUUUGUGAAGUGCUGCCAGAGGACGAAACCUCAGUCAUACAGCGUGCUGCUGCAGCUGCCGCCUGCACAACUGACGAGCGUGUUUGAACGCUGCCCAGAGAUGAGAGAGCCUCUUCUACAGCAUGUCCUCUCCUUCACACCUCAUCAGCAAGCUCACAUACCUGCCUCCAUCAUGUCGGUCCUUGAAGCAAAUAAAAAACCAGAACCAAAUCCUGUGGGGCCUGUCGUGGAAAGAGAGGUGGAACCAGUCUCUGCCCCAGUUGAAGAAGAGGCUCCCACUGCUGCACUGGAAGAAUCUGAGAUGCCUGAGAUGCCAGAGAUGCCAAUUCAGCAGCAACCAGCCGACACGAAAGAUGAGGAAGAACCAAUGGAGCAAGAACAGUCUGGUCCAGUGAUAGAGGAGGAAACUGAUGACACUGUUUCCCAGGAGGAGAUGUCAAAAAAAGAGGAGUCGGCAUCACCUCAACCAGAGCCUGCUGAGGAACAGAUGGAGGCAUCUCAGCCUGAACUGUCAGACCUCCAGGAGCCUGAAAAAGAUGUUGAAGCUGAUGCCACGGGACCUGAGGCUGAAAGCAGCAGUGAAGUUGCAGAGUGACUGCACAAAACAAAUGCACUCAAAAUGGACAUUUCUCUCCUUUGCAAACAUCCCACAGAUUUUUCAGGAUUUCGUGUCAGUAAAAAGCUCUUUGUUCUUUUUGUAUAUGUAGAGCACAGAUUUUGAGGGGGGAAAAAAAAUCAAGAUAACUGUGCUAGUGAAUUCCAUACAUGUUCAUGUGAUGAUGAGUCAGCAAAUAAAUCAGUCUAAUGUUGGUUUACUGUCUGCUUCAACUGUGUUUGCCUUACUUCCCCAUGGUUCACUGUCAAUCU